AAAGUAAAUGAAUAGUAUAGUGGGGACGGGGAUUGUAGAACGUGUUCACGGUGCCGCCGGCCGCGACAGGCCGUCAUUACGAUCGUUACCGCGCUGAUAUAUCCUGUGUUUAAUCAGUUUAUUUUUAUAAUUUCAUCGUUUUUAUAUUAGAUGUGUCCAAAUAUAUUUAAAAAAGGCAUUUAUAUUUAACAAUUCUGAAUAUUUUAACCUUUUCGAAACUUAAAAGUAGGUUACAUACGUGUGAAUAAUUAAUUAUUGUGUUUUAUAUUAAGUCGUGUUAUCAACAGCUGUUCUGUUGUUCACCGCAAUAUAAACGUGUUAUCAGGACUUAUAAUAUUAAAGGGACGUUUGUAUUGUUUUUGGGAUCCCACGUGGUGUUUCCCGCGGCAGCUUAGCGCAGUGUGAUGCAAUAUUUGGAUGACGGGCAAACAGUUUCCGCAUCAGACUUAAGUUGCGGUUAGGCCAUGUGUGUGCCGUAUUGAGUUGACCUACAAGUUUUACUUACUUAAGGACUAUUUUGUUACCGUUGACCUUAUUUUAUUUUAUACAAUGGCAAAAGUUUCGGCUACUGAAGGUUUGGCUCCCAAGCCCAUGGACGUUGGGGAAAGGGGAGACAACGCUGAGAACCAAUCAACUGAAGGAGUUCGUAUGAAGAAGGAAUUGAGUUUACUGAAUGGAGUCGCGAUUAUUGUUGGAGUGAUAGUGGGGUCGGGGAUCUUCGUGUCCCCUAGUCAUGCCUUACAACGUGCGGGAUCAAAGGGCAUGUCCUUAAUAAUAUGGGUUCUUUCAGGACUUCUGUCUAUGAUUGGAGCACUUUGCUAUGCAGAACUAGGAACAAUGAUUCCCAAAUCUGGUGGAGACUACGCUUACAUCGCCGAGGCCUUUGGUGACUUACCAGCAUUCCUCUACCUCUGGGUGGCGUUGUUUAUCUUAGUUCCAACGGGGAAUGCGAUCACAGCCUUAACAUUUGCGCAGUAUAUCCUGAAACCUUUCUGGCCAGUCUGCGAACCACCAUCGGAUGCUGUCAUCCUUGUAGCUGCUAUUGUCACAUGUUUUCUCACAGCUUUAAACUGCUACAAUGUUAAAUGGGUGACACGUGUUCAAGAUUCCUUCACAGCUGCCAAAAUAUUGGCUCUAUUGUUGACGUUCAUAGCUAGUUUAGUGUACUUGUUCUCUGGGCACACGGAAAAUCUGGAAAACAUCAUGCAGGGUACCAUCACGGAGCCGGGUAGUAUAGCCAUCGCUUUCUACGCGGGCCUAUUCUCGUACUCAGGAUGGAAUUAUCUCAACUUUGUCACUGAAGAAUUACAAGAUCCUUACAAGAACCUGCCCCGAGCGAUCUGCAUUUCCAUGCCUGUGGUGACGCUCGUCUACACGCUAACAAACUUCGCCUUCUUCGCUGUUCUCAGCAACAACGAGAUGAUAGGUUCAAACGCCGUGGCUGUGACCUUCAGUGAUAAAAUACUGGGAGUCAUGUCCUGGAUCAUGUCCAUCUUCGUCGCUCUAUGUACAUUCGGAUCUCUGAACGGAGCUAUAUAUGCCUCCUCCAGACUCUUCUUCGUCGGAGCCCGCAAUGGACAUCUUCCUUUAGCAAUUUCUCUGAUAGACGUUAAAAGACUGACACCAGUGCCUUCGUUGAUAUUUAUGUGCAUCGUGACAUUGGUGCUGUUAAUGUCAAACAACGUCCAGUCCCUGAUAGUGUACGUAACGGGUGUGGAAGCUCUGUUCAUAAUCUGCUCUAUAUCCGGCCUGCUAUGGCUGCGGUACACCCAGCCGACGGCUCAACGCCCCAUCAAAGUGAACCUGCUCCUGCCGAUAGCGUUCCUCGUGAUAGUCACGUGCCUCGUCGUAUUCUCUUGUUUCACACAGCCGGUAGAGGUCGGCGUCGGCGUCGCAUUUAUAGCUUUAGGUGUACCAGUGUUCUGUGUGUUCAUAAUGUGGAAAAAUAAACCAUCUUGGAUGGUGAAUGUGUGCAAUUCCUUCAACGUGGCCUGCUCUAAAAUGUUCCUGUGCCUGCCGGAGAACUCCAAGGAGUUAUAAUUUUGUAUAGUCCUUUAAACUAUCUGUUGUCAAUUUUAGAAUAAACUGUAUUAGGAAUGACUAAGUUUGUAUUAGACAUCGAAAUUGUAAUAAAUUUCUUAUAUUUAAAUAAAAAUUCCUUUCAUUAAUUUAUAUAAUUAGACGGUAAUAAAUGACAGAUUAUACAAUGUUAUUUUAAAAACCGAAGUCAUAAAUGUCUUUAUUAAAUCUAAAGAUGUUGUUUAGCUUUCCAUAGUUUUCUAGAAUGUUCUAGAUUAUAUACAAUUAGGAAAUUUAAAACAAUACAUACAUAUGUCAAAGCUUAAUGAAAAGUUAUUUACUGUUUUGCAAAGAAAAUCAAUAUCAUUCACAAAUAAUUAUAUCAAAAACAAUAUAUACGUGGAUUGAAGAGCAUUUUAGUUUUUACAUGUUUGAAAUAUUAAUUCUGUAUAAUUCUUUCAACUUCAUCAUUCCCACUUUUUGACUGGUGUCAGAUUAUUAUUAACGCUCAUUAAAUCAAAAUGUAGCUUAAAUUGUUUUUAUAAGAACAACAAUGUCACAUAAAAAAGAAAAGAUAAAUAUAUCAUUAAUUUACAUUAAUAACUGAUACUGACCUCAAAAUAUUCUUACAGUUUUGGCUGUGAUAUUAAAUUUAUAAAAGCCUAACAGAUGGCGCCACCGUCAUAAUAUGACAGUUAAAAUAUCCUCCUUAGACGAUAAUAUGCACUGCGCUUUUAUUGGCAAAAUAUGUUAUUAAUUUAAAAUUCUACUUAAAAUUAAUAAUUUUUGAUUAAAAAAAAGUAUUUCCUAUAUGAUGCACUACCAUUUGGAUUUACUACCAUAGAGAAAAAUAUAAUUACCAUCAUUAUUAGACUUCCUAUAACGAGAUUUCCUAGAGAGUAACAUAGGGACAUUAAAUGAUCCUUGAAACAAGUCCUACAUAUGUCGUUUUUAUAUUAUUUGGUAUAAAAUACGGAAUCUAUAUUAAUACUAUCACUUAUUUUAUGCUUUAUAAAAAUAUAUUCAUUAUAAGUAGUGUCUUAAAAUAUGAUUAUUUAAACUCUUUGGUAUAAAACUACAUAGUUUAUACAUAUUCUCGAUUUUAAAAUUACACCAUCAAAAUAUAUCUAUGCAAUCUUUUUGAGCACUUGGUUUAAAAAAGUAGGUCACUUAAAAUUGUUGAAAAAAAACCUGAAGAUAUGUUUUGUAUGAAUUGUGAAUAACGUUCUAAAUACAAAACAAUGGUUAAAUGAAUAAAUUUUUUGAGAUCAUGAUGUUUUUUUUUACAUUUAAAAUUAUCAAAUGUUUGUUUUGAUUGAAGACCCAUUUGUACUAAUAAAUGCAAUUCUAUGUAACAAAUAAAUGCCUGAGUAUAUAAAUAUAUAUUAAUUAUGGAAAUAAAUAAUAUUACCGGCAAGAAAUAUUGGUCUUGCUAUUGGAAUUAGAUCAUGUGAUAAUUAAAAAAUAUUUUAAUA